CGAGGUUGGAGACCGCCUAACUUAGAGGGGCUUUGAAGUCAGAUCAAAACAACGGCUGGCUUCGGGGGAGGAAGAAAAAACCAACAGAUGUUAUAAAACCUGCGCAGGAAGGAGUUCCAACUGCGCUUCUGAGCCUUUCUUCUGUCAAGGAGGACAAAGAGUGAAGAAUCAAAGCGAGGACAUGGCUGAAACGGGGAUCAAACUCCACAUGUAAAACACAAAACUGCUGGAAACCCUGAUGUGGCCAUAAGAGCCUGACUGCAAUCAUGGUUGAGGAAGAAAGAACUUGUAGGCAAACAGUUGUUAUUUAUUGUGGUUUGCAAACUAAAAUAUAUUGAAAAUGCCGGAUCUUAUGGCAUUAGAGGAGAAGACAAAUAAAAAGCUCACAGAAUUUAUCCAGAAUGUUCAUGAUAGAGAUUUUGUAUGGAUGGAUGAGAUUCUCGAAGAAGCUAUCAAGAUGUUUAAGAGGAGUAGCUUUGAUGGAGAACCAGAAUUGAUGCCAAAAACCCCAUCUCAAAAAAAUCAUAGUAGAAAGAAACGUUUUUCUUCUAUUAAGAAUGAUCAACUUGCUACAAAAAGAUCAUCUAAAAGAAACAGUGCCCGGAUCAGAGCUUCAAAGAGGAUUUCCCAUAAUGCUCAGCACAAAAAAGAAUUAGAAAUGCAGAAAGCUGAAGUAGAGAACACCUCUCCUUGUGUUCGUGUGACUAGAUCAAAGGCUGCAAGGUCUUUAAGGUCUCUCUCCAUUGCUGCUAAUCCAGUUAUUGCUUUAGCCAAAGGGAGGAUACCUCUAGUAGAAAUUAGUGCCAACGAGAGGCGCAGUGCAGAAGUGCAGGUGGAAAAAACGCCACCUCAAAUAACAAAAGAUGCCUUAAGGCAUACUUUGUCUCCAUCACCUAUAAAGAGAGCAGAACCCUUCUCUGAAAAGUCUGUGAUCAUAAUCCAAAACACUCCUGAGGAAAAACUAAAAAAAGAGGUGGGACGGACAGCAUGUAAGUUGAAGAUAGCAACUGUGUCUCUCUACAAAACUAUUGAAAAAGAAGAGCCCAGCUCUGAAAAAUUAUGUCCACAGCAACAAGAAGAUGAGCUGCUCUCUGAACUCAAAGGCACUUUGAAUUUAAAUGAAUCGCCACACACACCUGUCCCUAAGGGAAGCCGUCGCUCAGUGCGUCGAAGCCUGAUGGGCAGAUCCUCCACAAGCUCUAGAGCCUCUCUGGUCAACAGAUAUUCGCUAAGCACCAAAAGGAAACAAAUUGUCUUGAGACGCAGUAGCAGGACUGUAUCCAAACAACAAUCUAUCCAGCAGGAAUCUGUACAUACACAAAAAAACAGUAAGGAAGCGGUAUAUAAGUCUAACUGCUAUUGCUAUUGCUAUUGCUAUUGCUAUUUAUCAGCUGAGCUUUUAUCUAUUGCAGAAGAGUUUCUGGUUAAAGAAAGUACUGAAUCCAGAGCAACAUUAGAUUCUAUGUCUCAUUCUCAGAAGGUUGAUGAAAAUCUCAACAAAUCCCUUUAUUCUAAUAAGACUGGUAUGCAAGAGACUCCCCGAUCCGAAGAAAAACAGCAUAAAGGAGAAAGCGAAGAUGAGAGCUCUGAAAUGGGUGAUGUGUUACAAAAGCAGCCUCUGAGUGCCCGGAGAAAGCCAAGCUAUAAGAGAGCAAUUCGUGAUAGAGAUGAUGGACAGCACACAGAAGAUGAGCUCUCUCCACCAAGAAAAAAGACUCUAUCUCCUCAAUGUCCUGCCAGCAAGGUUGUGCGUCCUUUGAAAACGUUCUUGCACACAGUGCAGAAGAACCAAAUGCUGAUGACUCCUGCCUCUGCAAAUCAAAAAAACACAAUAAAAUCAUUUCUCAGGCAGAACACUCCUCUCCGCUUCACUCCCAAGGGAGGGUUUGUUGAAAAAGAGAGACAGCGGUUAGAGACCAUGAGGAAGAAAGAAGAGGCUGAGCAACAAAGAAAAAGGAAAAUGGAGGAGGAAAAGAAACGGCGAUUAGAGGAAAUGAAACGUAAACGUGAAGAGCGCCUACGAAAGGUGUUGCAGGUUCGGGAGCGAGUAGAGCAGCUAGAGGAAGAAAAGAAAAAACGACUUGAACAAAAGAUGGCUCAACAUGAAGGGAAGAAUGAGAAGAAGAAAAGAGAGGAAGAACAGGAAAGAGCAAGAAAGAUCGCGGAACAACACAAGGCUGAGCUGGAAAGAGAAAAAGAACUGUCUGCUAAGAGAGAACUGGAGAAGAAGCAAGAGCAGGAAAAGAUCCAGGCACAGCGGAAGCAUGAACAGCAAGAAAAAGAAAAGGCUGCACGCUUGCAGAGAGAGGUUUUGCAAGCAGCUAAAGAAAAAGAGAGGCUCAAGAAAGAAAUGGAAGAAAAAGAGCGGAAGUUGCAGGAGCAACGGAAGCAAGAAGAGGAACUAUUGAAAACAACUUCAGAGGCUCAGGCAAAGAUUGCUAAUAAGCAACUGAAUGUAACCAUAACUAUUGAGAACUCACCUAACUGUGAUUCAUAUCCAAUGACACCUCAAGGCCCCAAACAACCCAAGAUUGAUCUAAAUAAUUAUGGAAUGGAUUUGAACAGUGAUGAUUCAACAGAUGAUGAGAGUCAGCCCCGCAAAACCAUCCCUACUUGGGCUUCUGGAAGUCAACUAAGCCAAGCAAUCUUGCAUCAAUAUUUUAACCCACCAGACACCAAAGCACUCUUUGGAGUGGUGAAGAGUCCCAAGUUGGAAGAAAUCUUUGAUAAGAGCAAGCCACGUUAUUUCAAGCGCACAAGCUCUGCAGUGUGGAAUUCCCCACCUUUCCAAGGGGGCAAAACUCUGUCUUCUGCCUUCAAGAGGUUUUAAUGCCUGUCUAAUAUGUGUCUGGUUAUGGUUUUCAAAGGAGAAAAUGAGUUGCUUUUUUAAUAAUGUUGUACACUCUUUUAUCCAUAUUAAUAAAGUUAUAAUGAAG